UGACCUCACGGGGAGGGGCCAGCGCGGCGGCCUGGGCGCUGAGCCGAGCGCUGGGAGAGCAGCGCCGAAGCCGAGCCGCGAGGAGCGCACUCCGUGGCCCCGAUGGAGCGGUACAAAGCACAGGGGUGUUGCUGUCUGGUGGUACAGAGAAGGAUCCGGCAGGUUUCUGCAUCCCUGGAACAGCUGCUGACGGAGUUGGAUGACUUCCUCAAGAUUCUUGACCAGGAGAACCUGAGCAGCACAGCCCUGGUGAAGAAGAGCUGCCUGGCGGAGCUCCUCCGGCUUUACACCAAAAGCAGCAGCUCUGAUGAGGAGUACAUUUAUAUGAACAAAGUGACCAUCAACCAGCAACAGAAUGCAGAGUCUCAAGGCAAAGUGCCUGAGGAGCAGGGCCUGCUGCCCAAUGGGGAGCCCAGCCAGCACUCCUCGGCCCCUCAGAAGAGCCUUCCAGACCUCCCACCACCCAAGAUGAUUCCAGAACGGAAACAGCUUGCCAUCCCAAAGACGGAGUCUCCAGAGGGCUACUAUGAAGAGGCUGAGCCAUAUGACACAUCCCUGAAUGGUCACUCUGGUGGAUUUCUCCCCAGUGGAGUCCCCAGAUGGGUGCAGAUGCCCGAAGGAGUCAUUUACGCCACGAUCACCUUGGAGGACGGAGAGGCUGUGAGCAGCUCCUACGAGUCCUACGAUGAAGAGGACGGCAGCAAGGGCAAAUCGGCCCCCUACCAGUGGCCCUCGCCGGAGGCUGGCAUCGAGCUGAUGCGCGAUGCUCGCAUCUGCGCCUUCCUGUGGCGCAAGAAGUGGCUGGGACAGUGGGCCAAGCAGCUCUGUGUCAUCAAGGACAACAGGCUUCUGUGCUACAAAUCCUCCAAGGACCACAGCCCUCAGCUGGAUGUGAACCUGCUGGGCAGCAGCGUCGUUCACAAGGAGAAGCAAGUGCGGAAGAAGGAGCACAAGCUGAAGAUCACGCCGAUGAACGCCGACGUGAUUGUGCUGGGUCUGCAGAGCAAGGACCAGGCUGAGCAGUGGCUCAGGGUCAUCCAGGAAGUGAGCGGCCUGCCUUCCGAAGGAGCAUCUGAAGGAAACCAGUACACCCCGGAUGCCCAGCGCCUUAACUGCCAGAAACCAGAUAUAGCUGAGAAGUACCUGUCAGCUUCAGAGUAUGGGAGCUCCGUGGAUGGCCACCCUGAGGUCCCAGAAACCAAAGACGUCAAGAAGAAAUGUUCUGCUGGCCUCAAACUGAGCAACCUAAUGAAUCUGGGCAGGAAGAAAUCCACCUCACUGGAGCCUGUGGAGAGGUCCCUCGAGACAUCCAGGUAUGGCAGGGACCGUGUUAAAAGGGGACCAAGCAGAAGGAUGGCAGGCACAGUACUGAGAGCUCACAGCCUGCCUGAGGGAGGUUACCUGAAUGUGCUGGUGAACAGCCAGUGGAAGUCUCGCUGGUGCUCUGUCAGGGACAAUCACCUGCACUUCUACCAGGACCGGAACCGGAGCAAGGUGGCCCAGCAACCCCUCAGCCUGGUGGGUUGCGAGGUGGUCCCAGACCCCAGCCCCGACCACCUCUACUCCUUCCGCAUCCUCCACAAGGGCGAGGAGCUGGCCAAGCUUGAGGCCAAGUCUUCCGAGGAAAUGGGCCACUGGCUGGGUCUCCUGCUCUCCGAGUCAGGCUCCAAGACAGACCCAGAAGAGUUCACCUACGACUACGUGGAUGCCGAUAGGGUUUCCUGUAUUGUGAGUGCGGCCAAAAACUCCCUCUUACUGAUGCAGAGAAAAUUCUCAGAGCCCAACACUUACAUCGAUGGCCUGCCUAGCCAGGACCGCCAGGAGGAGCUGUAUGAUGACGUGGAACUGUCGGAGCUCACAGCUGCGGUAGAGCCUACCGAGGAAGCCACCCCUGUUGCGGAUGACCCAAAUGAGAGAGAAUCUGACCGAGUGUACCUGGACCUCACACCUAUCAAGUCCUUUCUGCAUGGCCCCAGCAGUGUCCAGGCCCAGGCCUCCUCCCUGACAUUGUCCCACCUGGACAAUGCAACUGAGGCCCUCCCUACAGACCCAGGCCCAGGUCCCACCCCAGAUGAGCCCUGCAUAAAGUGUCCAGAGAACCUGGGGGAACAGCAGCUGGAGAGUUUGGAGCCAGAGGAGCCUUCCCUGAGAAUCACCACCGUCAAAAUCCAGACUGAACAGCAGAGAAUCUCCUUCCCACCGAGCUGCCCCGACGCCGUGGUGGCCACCCCACCUGGCGCCAGCCCACCUGUGAAGGACAGGUUGCGCGUGACCAGUGCAGAGAUCAAGCUUGGCAAGAAUCGGACAGAAGCUGAGGUGAAGCGGUACACAGAGGAGAAGGAGAGGCUUGAAAAGAAAAAGGAAGAAAUCCGGGGGCACCUGGCUCAGCUCCGGAAAGAGAAACGGGAGCUAAAGGAAACCCUAUUGAAAUGCACAGACAAGGAAGUCCUGGCCAGCCUGGAGCAGAAGCUGAAGGAAAUGGACGAGGAGUGCCGGGGUGAGGAGAGCAGGCGUGUGGACCUGGAGCUCAGCAUCAUGGAGGUGAAGGACAACCUGAAGAAGGCUGAGGCGGGGCCUGUGACACUGGGCACCACUGUGGACACCACUCACCUGGAGAACGUGAGCCCCCGCCCCAAAGCUGUCACACCUGCCCCUGCCCCAGACUGUACCCCAGUCAACUCUGCAACCACGCUCAAGAACAGGCCUCUCUCAGUCAUGGUCACAGGCAAAGGCACUGUCCUCCAGAAAGCCAAGGAAUGGGAGAAGAAAGGAGCAAGUUAGAAAACAAGCUUCAUCUGAAGACUCUCAUGUCAAUGUGGACCUUGGUGACAAUCCUGCUUUGUUAAAGCAAAAACUCUGCAAAAGGGUGAGUCUGUUUAGAAGAAAAAGCAAAGACUGAGGUACUGUGAAUGGCAAGCUUCAGCUAAGAGGAGGAUCUGUCCCUUUUCAGAGCUAAAGGAAAUAAUACAACAAAAAGGAGGCUUCUUUGGAGACCUAAGUAUAUUGGAUGUAAACAAGACAUUGUAUUUAGGGAUGUUGUGUGUUUCUUUUUUGAAGUUGUCAUCAAUUGCUUUACUAAGAUUUUUAAAUAGUAAAAACCUCAUGUUUAGACUUUGGUGGAAGAUGAAUCAAGGAAGCAGGGCCCUGUCUUAUGGGUCACCUGGCUUUGGUGAGUGAGAAGACCUAAACUCCUGGCCAUCGUCUCUUAUCCAAUACUUAGCAGUUGGGGAUUAAACCAUCCUUGCCUUCAGUUCUCUCCAAUAUUACCAGGCCCAACUCAGUCUUCAGUGAUUUUAAAAAGCGUUGACAUCCAGAAACAGUAAUGGGGGAAAAUAUUUGGGACCAAGCUGAAGCACUGAUCCCACUAAGUUAAAUACUUCUUUCCAGUCUAAGGCAGGCCUGAAUCAACUGUCUUUAAAUAAAAUUUUAAGUGAUGCUGUAUUAUAUAUAGGAAAAAAUGCUUCAAAUCCUGUCAUUUAGAAACAGUGAAAAGUGUCUUUUGAGAUUAAACUGACUCUUUACCAUAGGGAAAAAUAUUACUGUGUGUUUACAGAUUCAUUCCUGUGGUCGGGCCAUUUUUAAGGGAAGAGUUAUUUAAUAUAAAUAGUCCCUGAUUUUAAGUUCUGUUUAAUGAUGUCCAUUCCCCUUCCAAGAACAAAGUGGUGAAUUUUCAUUAGGCUGGUCUCCCUCUUAAAAUUGGCAGUGCUGUUCCUUGUGCUGCCCCUGUCUUUUCCUGAUAUUUUUUUUUUUUUUUAAACACAGGUUGAAACAUUUCAUCUAUUAUCUCUGCCUCAUUUCUGGGGGGUUGUGUAUCAGUUCUCUAACACUUGUUCCUGAGAACUAAAGGUCUUUUUUUAUUCUUAUUUCCUCUCUCAUAAACAUUUGGUGACCUUUUACCAAGUGGUGAGUUAGAUUUUUUUUUUAAAUAAAAUGUUCAUU